CAGCAGUUACUCUGUCUCGUUCGCACCUCGCCCAAGAUGUAUUUCCGCAACCUAACGCCAUAGUUGCGAUCUUCUUUUGUCCGUGACCAUUUUGAUCUCCACAUCAUAGGAAAGAUCUUUAAGAUCGUCACACCGCCGAUAAGAUCCGUAUUUAUACAACAGGUUCUGUUUGUAUAAAUCGCGCUUUGUCACCGACGGCCAGGCAGCAACCAGCUCUAAGAAGGGAGCCAACACGCAUCCAUUCACUCACACACACACAAGCGAUUUCCAGUUAUUUGUUUUUAUUUCGUUUGGUUGAUCCAAGGAAACAAAAAGAAAUCCUCAAGCAGCAAUGGCCGAAAUGGAGGACACCCACUUCGAAGCCGGAGAUUCCGGUGCAUCCGCAACUUUCCCGAUGCAGUGCUCGGCACUGCGCAAAAAUGGUCACGUUAUGCUUAAGGGACGCCCAUGCAAGAUUGUCGAAAUGUCCACCUCCAAGACCGGCAAACACGGACACGCCAAGGUACAUCUGGUCGGUAUCGACAUCUUUUCCGGCAAAAAAUACGAAGAUAUUUGCCCAUCCACUCACAAUAUGGACGUACCACACGUUAAGCGCGAAGACUACCAACUUACUGACAUCGAUGAUGGCUUUUUAGUUCUCCUGAAUGACAACGGCGAUCUACGUGAAGAUCUUAAGAUUCCAGAUGGUGACUUGGGAAUCCAACUGCGCGCUGAAUUCGAUGGUGGCAAGGAAUUAGUCGUAAGUAUUAAACUAUAG